AUGGAGGUAGCUUUGUCCGAUUUACGCCGUAUCCGUGAAUCAGUUAUACUGAUGGGAGAGAUCGCAAAACGAAACAAAACCAGCAGGCCUUCCGUUCUGGCCGAUAAACCAGUCAUAUUGUUCACUUCUCAUUCCUUUAUGUUUGAGGACGCUACAAUUCCUGAAGUUCUUCCUCAGCCAAUUGAUACACCCAACACGAGCCAGGAAGCCGUUCAUGAAGUUCCUGAGACAAUCCCAGCCUCUAUCAAGCUACCGGAUUGUCUUACCUAUGAAGUUGCCAUAGACGGGACCUUCAUAAAGAUCAAGGCACCCGGUGUAGACCCUGAGUCAUACAUUUGCAGGAAAAGGUUUUAUGCUUCACAAUUGCAGAUUGUUUGUGACAAUAACAUGAUCCUCACAGAUGUAUUAGCAGGUUGGCCUGGAUCUGUCCAUGAUUCCAGAGUUCUCAGAAACUCUUCUCUUUUUACCACUUCUGCAAACAAGUUUCCUGGAGAUUACCACAUCAUCGGGGAUGGGAGCUACCCGCUUUUGAGAUAUUUUUUAAUGUUGAACAAAUAUUUUUUUGUUAUAAGCUAUAUGUUUAAUUUCAGUUGUGUAGAGCAAUUUUCAAUUUUCUACAGAAAAGAUGAUUCUCUGAUUUUAUGUUUGCUCCUUAAUUACAGAUGGCUCAUGACUCCUUUCAGGAAUAAUGGUCACUUACUGCCAAAUCAGCUCCGUUUCAACAAUACCUUGUCAUUAUCCAGACAGAUCGUAGAGUGUGCAAUUAGUCUUUUGAAGAGGAGAUGGAGAAAACUGGGUCAUUUGAACCAUUUACGCGUAAAGCUUAUGACUAAGAUAGUAAUGGGAGCCUGUGUCUUGUACAAGUUCACUCUUAUUCAUGACGAUUUUGAUGAACGUUGCUUCCUGGAUGAUGAUGAUGAUGAUGAUGAUGAUGAUGACAAUGAUGAUGAUGUCCAUGAUAGCAACUGAAGAGACAGAGCAGCUGAACUAAAGCGUCAACAUCUAUCAAACAUAAUCGUCGGUUAAUUAAGAAGUGAGACUUUUUGUCCUGCCUAUGGGGGUACUUGGGAUUUCAAGUAACAGGGAUGAUCAAAGGGUAUUUGGAGGUCUUUGAAAUUUUCAAUAGUGAGUUUCUUUUUGUAGGAAAAUUUGGCAAGUAUUUUUUGGGGUGGCUUGAUAUGAAUAGGGAUUUUUUGGUCAUUCAAAACAAUCUAAAGAUUUGUGGUAGUGUCUUGGCAGGAUAGUUCUGCAAAUAAAGUACAGCAAAUAUGUUUUCCUGUUGUUUAUAGUUAACAGUCACGCUUUAAAUUGCUAUUGGCAUUAAUAAAACGGGUUACAGCUAUGUUGAGAAAGGUUGUCCAAAAACACGCAAGUGACAAUCCCGAAGUGUAUUUUGGGUAAUUUU